UGCACACAUGAAAAAAGGCAUGUUUCAGGAUGGUGAUUUGAUUCUUAGUGGGAUCUUUGACCUCUAUUACACGCUUUCAGAUACAGAACAGGACUUCACUAAGAAGCCAUAUUAUGAACCUUGCAAAGGAGUCAAGCUGAACAUCCUCCCAUUAAAGUUUAUGUAUGCUAUGGCAUUUGCUGUGGAGGAGAUAAACCGAAACAGUACCCUGCUACAAGGAGUGAAGCUGGGUUACCAUAUGUUGGACACCUGUGGGAAAUAUGCCUGGGCUCUACAGUCAGCUCUGACAGUGGUUGGAGGAGACACACACAGCUGUAACUCAGCCUCCAGUCCUGACUUUACAGAUAAUAGACAAACUGGGAAUAUAACAGGGGGUCGCUCUGUUCCUUUGGUCAUUGGCCCUGCUUCAUCUGCAGUGGGAACUAUACUGUCCAGAGUUUUAGGACCUCUGUCCAUCAGUUACUCAGCAACUUGCCCUUGUCUAAGUGACAGGGUUAAGUUUCCACAUUUUUUCAGAACUAUACCGAGUGAUGUUUACCAGGUGCGAGCCAUUGCACAACUGGUUUUGCGGUUCAAAUGGACUUGGAUUGGAGCAGUGAUAGCAAAUGAUGAUUUGGGUCAUUCUGCAUUACAGAUAUUUCUGGAGGAAACCCAAGGAAAAAGAGUGUGUUUUGAUUUUAUUCAGACUGUCAGUGCAGGAACAUAUAUGAAUGAUGUCAAAAGAGCAGCAAUUACAAUUCAAUCUUCGACUGCAAGAGUGAUCAUGAUUUUCUGUUUUGUGAAGCAACUUUUUAUUGAACUGGCAGAUAAAAAUGUGACUGACAGACAGUUUCUGGCCAGUGAACUUUGGAGCACCAGUAAUAAUCUUCUCCAAACCCCUGCUGUCUCUAAGGUGGCAAGUGGUGUUAUUGGUGUGGCUGUUCGAAGUUCAACAAUACCUGGGUUUGAAAAUUAUGUCAGAGGGUUAAAUCCAUAUAAUCGUCCAAAUGAUAUGUUUAUGAAAGAGUACUGGAAAAAAGAGUUUGGAUGUAGUCCUGAAACUACACAACCACAUCAAUCACGUCUCAAUUCAGACUCCUCUCCCCCACUAAAGUCUUCUCUACCACCCUGCACUGGGACAGAGUCUCUGGAGGAUGUGCAGAGUCGACUUACUGACGUGUCUCAGUUAAGGGUGACAUAUAACGUAUAUCUUGCUGUUUAUGCAGCAGCUCACGCCCUUCACAGCCUUCUCUCCUGCCCAAACAGAGACAGUCCUACAAACAACAGCUCCACCUGCUCCUCUGCAAAACACAUCAAACCCAGAGAGCUAUUGCAGCACUUGAAGACAGUAAAUAUCUCCACACCCCAAGGAGACAUGUUUUCAUUUCAAGGAGCUGAUAUUCCGCCAAAGUAUGAUCUUGUCAACUGGCAAAAAACCCCGGAGGGUUCACUUAAACUUGUAGUAAUUGGUCAUGUGGAUGAGUUUGUGAUUCAACUUAAUGAGUCAGUUAUUCAGUGGAACACAGGAUCCAAUAAGGUUCCUGUCUCAGUGUGCAGUAAGAGCUGUCCCCCAGGUACCCGAAAAGCCAACAGGAAAGGAGAACCUGUUUGCUGCUUUGACUGUAUUCCAUGUAGUGAAGGGGAAAUUAGUAAUAUAACAGAUUCCCUCCACUGUGAGCGUUGUCCAUCUGAGUUUUGGUCCAAUACUGAGCGAACUGUCUGUAUACGUCGUCAGACAGACUUCCUGUCCUUUAAUGAAACACUGGGCAUUACUCUGACUGCAGUAGCUGUGUCUGGUGUCAUAGUGACAACAGCUGUGUUUAUGGUGUUCAGUUACUUUCGCCAGACACCUAUGGUUCGAGCCAACAACUCAGAGCUGAGUUUCCUUCUUCUUCUGUCGCUGAAGCUCUGCUUCCUGUGUUCUCUGGUGUUCAUUGGUCGUCCAUCAGUCUGGUCUUGUCGGUUCCAGCAGGCAGCCUUUGGGAUCAGCUUUGUACUCUGUGUUUCAUGUCUUCUGGUGAAGACCAUGGUGGUUCUGGCAGCUUUCCGCUCAGCUCGUCCCGGUGCUGCAGCUUUGAUGAAGUGGUUUGGUCCAGGUCUACAGAGAGGAAGUGUCUGCCUGUUCACCAGUGUACAGGUGAGAACCAAGAUCAUCAUCUGCAUCAUAUGGUUGUCUCUCAGUCCUCCAGUACCUCACCGUGACUUGGGUAUCCAAGGUUCAAAGGUCACUUUGAAGUGUGCCAUGGCCUCUGUGGUGGGCUUCUCUCUGGUUCUGGGCUACAUCGGUCUGCUGGCCUGCACCUGCCUCCUCUUGGCUUUUCUUGCCAGGAAACUCCCUGACAACUUCAAUGAGGCCAAACUGAUCACUUUCAGCAUGCUGAUAUUUUGUGCUGUUUGGGUGGCCUUUGUCCCUGCUUAUGUUAGCUCUCCUGGGAAAUAUGUGGUUGCUGUUGAAAUUUUUGCAAUCCUGGCCUCUAGUUAUGGUUUAUUGUUCUGUAUCUUUGCCCCAAAAUGUUUCAUUAUAGUUUUGAGGCCUGAGAAAAAUACUAAGAAGUAUCUGAUGGCCAGAUAG